AAAAAGGUUUUUUACGGAGCUCUAAAAAUGUUUUCUAUUUUGUUGCAGGUCAUCCUUCUCUCUGCCGUGGCCUGGGCUAGCUGCGCUAAGCUAGACAGGACCUACCUCCCCCCAAACGCUCAGUCUUCAUCUGGAUCCAACCUCCUCCAAGCCCCUGAUAGCCGGGGCAGUGGGCAGGGCAACGGUUUAAACGGAAACGGGCUCAUCCAGAACGGAAACGACUUCAGCCAAAACGGAAACGGGAUCAACCAGAACUUGAACAACUUCAACCAGAAUGGAAACGAUUUCAACCAGAUCGGAAACGAUUUCAAUCAGAAAGGAAAUGGAUUCAACGGAAAUGGCUUCGACCGCCCUGAAAGACCUCAAGCCUCUUUCGAAAGGAACGCUGCUAUCCUUCGCCAGGAUUCCCAGAAUGAUGGAGAGACUUAUUCUUAUGCUUAUGAAACUGAAAACGGCAUUUAUGCUGAGGAAAGCGGUGUGGCUACUAACGGAGUUGAGGCUCAGGGUAGCUACUCUUACACUGGUGAUGAUGGGCAGGUCUACACUAUCAGUUACACGGCUGACCAGAAUGGAUUCGUGCCAGUUGGUGACCACCUCCCUACCGCUCCUCCCGUGCCGGAAGAGAUCCUGAAGGCUCUGGAGCAGAACGCUCGUGAUGAGGCUGCGGGCAUCUACGAUGAUGGCUCUUACAGUGAAGGCAAAUACGGUGACGACAACAACCAAUACAACGGUAACUUCAACAAUGGUAACAAUGGAAACAACUUUAACGGUAACAACUUCAAUAAUGGUAACAGUUUCAACGAUAACUACAACAGUGGUAACAACGAUGGCAACGAUGAAGACACCGUCGCCACCAACGCCGCCUUCAGAUCUUCUGGCUCCCGGGGCUUCGCUGGCGCCACCAAGGCUUACCUCCCUCCAGUCCAGUCCCAGGGCUUCGGUGCUCGCUCCAGGUCUCGGCCAAGCUUCAACGCAAGGGACGGAUACAAUUAUUAGAUGAAUUUUGUUGACUGCUUAAAGAGUAAAGAUUAUUUAUGAC